AUGAGUGGCUGUAAACACAGCCUGAGCCAGCCGUUCACAAUCUUUUCCUCAUGUGAAUUCGACACUAUUGACAAGGUAAUUACGAGAGGUGCUCAUGCGGAUCUCGUAUGUGGGACUUUGAAGGUUGUUCGGCCGCGUAAAAGGGUCGCGGUAAAGGCGUUUCGCCGCGUUACUGCUCAGGACAAAAUUUCUAUCGAAAAUGAGUUGGCCAUCUGGCGGUUGCUAUGCGCUCAUCCUCACAUAGCCUCGUUCAUUGGAAUUGCGCCCAUCGAUAAUUACCACCCGAAAUAUUUUUCACAAGGUCCAGUGUCAGACUACUAUGUUCAUGGCGAUCUUAAUAUGUAUCUAUACAAGGUUGAUCCGGAUGUAAACAAUCACGAAAUGAGAUUUCUGCUGCUCCUAGGCGUCGUACGAGGACUUGCAUACAUCCAUUCGCAAUCGAUUGUGCAUGGAGACUUAAAGGCGGGUAACGUUCUGAUCGACGGUGAAGGUCAUGCGGCGAGGAUAUGCGAUUUUGGCUCUUCCAGAAUCGAGUGCGGGUGCUAUUCGGGCCCACAGACACAGGAAGGAACACUUGCAUGGGACAGUCCAGAGCUUUGGUACGAUCCUCUUACUGAAGGCGAAGGUGAUGAGGAAGACGACGACGACGACGUGGAGGAAAAGGUGCGGCAGCGCACUCAAAUGUCAGAUGUUUGGGCGUUUGGCUGUGUCGCUUUGGAGGUGCAAAUGGGGAUGGCACCUUGGGACCCCGAGCGUGAAGGGAAUCUUAGGAAAAUGUGUGCUAGACAGUAUAAUGCAGGAACAGGGCAUCCAGUACAGGAGUCAGCCUUGGAACUACAUUGUCAUCCGAUCGCAAGCAAAGUGUGGAGCAUGAUUCAAGACUGUUGGGAAGCGGACCCAUCACGGCGGCCAGAAUCCAGUAAACUGAUGACACUUUUGAUCAGGGGCCCCGGAGGAGAAAAGGCGUUGUCUAGUGCCCACAAAAAGUGA